UCAAAGAGAUGAAAUGGGCAAAGCCGAGCAAUGACCAAUGAACACGAAGCAGAACAACACCAUAGUUGCGUAAUGUUGAAGGAAGAUUAAGUUUGAACAAAUAACAACUACCCUGCUUCUUCCACAAUUUGGUACAUCACCCAUUGGGAAAUACAAUGCGAAGGGUCUGCUAUACCUCCCCAUAGUUUUGCCACUUUUUUGCCUUGUCUCUCUCUCUUUCAAAGGAGAGAAAUCUGAGAGAGAGAGAUAAGGACUACCCAACUGGCAAUUACUUCCCCCGACCAUGCAAUUGAAACCUCUCAACACCUUAACCGUCACGCUGAUGUUGUUCUUCACUUUCGUGAUCCUGUUCUUCUCCGGUUUCCUUGAAUUCCCAUCUCUAGCCAACUCAAUCGAACCCCUUUCCAAACCCACCGAGAGCCUCAAUUCCGAGCCUGACCCAUUUAUUGAUUUGUUGACUGCUUUCAAGAAAUGGGAUUCUCGAAUGGGAUGUACCCAGUUCAAGGAAAAACACAAGGAUUUGAUCCAUUUGCUUUCCAACAGGUCUGGGUCUUUGCAGGAAGCUGUUGCUGAUUCUGGGUGCAAUGAGUUGAAAAUGGAACAUGUUACUGUUUUGGUAAAAGGGUGGACUUGGAUUCCUGAUAAUUUAGAUAAUUUGUAUUCUUGUGGAUGUGGAAUGAGUUGCUUGUGGACUAAAUCUUCCGUUCUUGCUGAUAAACCUGAUGCCUUUUUGUUUGAGACCACUACCCCUCCACUUCAGAGGCGCAGUGGAGAUCCACUUCGUGUGUACAUGGACCUUGAGGCUGGCAGGAGGCGUUCAGGUCGGGAGGAUAUAUUCAUCAGUUACCAUGCAAAAGAUGAUGUUCAGUCUACAUAUGCUGGUGCUCUCUUUCAUAAUGGCCGAAAUUAUCAUGUAUCUUCAUAUAAGAACAAUGAUACGCUUCUUUAUUGGUCGUCAUCACGUUGCCUUCCUCAAAGAAACCAGCUUGCCAAGAGUCUCCUCAGAUUGCUGCCUCACCACUCAUUUGGAAAGUGCCUGAACAAUGUCGGUGGUUUAGACAUGGCCCUUUCAUUCUACCCUGAGUGUGCCAAUGAUGCCAAUGCCCCAAAGUGGUGGGACCAUUUACAUUGUGCCAUGUCUCAUUACAAAUUUGUCCUUGCAAUUGAAAAUACCGCUACAGAGAGUUACGUGACUGAGAAGCUAUUUUAUGCUUUAGACUCUGGUGCAGUUCCUAUCUAUUUUGGUGCUCCUAAUGUCCUGGACUUUGUCCCUCCACAUUCAAUAAUAGAUGGAACUAAAUUUAGUUCCAUGGAGGAACUGGCUGCCUAUGUGAAAGCCCUCGCUAACGACCCUAUAGCUUACGCUGAGUACCAUGCCUGGAGAAGAUGUGGUGUAUUGGGUAACUAUGCAAAGACCCGUGCAGCAAGCCUUGACACAUUGCCAUGUCGAUUGUGUGAGGCAGUUAGUAGAAGAGGUGGGAGAAAUGCAUGAACAUAAUGAAUUGUUUAUUAUUCUUGUGGUUUUCAUUUUAUUCUUCUCGUAUUUGGGAACUAUAGUGAGUCAUCAAUUUUGUGUUUGAUUGAAUAGAAGAAAAUGGCCAAUGGGAUAGGUUUUAGGUGUAAAGUAGCUAGAUAAAAAAUGUACAAAAAACAAGGGACAAAGAAAUGUAAACCAAUUAUAUUGUUCUAGUUGCUUCACA